CUCGGCAUGGCUCGGGCGCUGCUGGGCCUCCUGCUGUGCCUGGGCUCCGGGGUGGCGCGCGGCCCUGUCCAGGCGCCCGUCGGGCUCUGGCUGCCCUUGCGGAGCGGGCCGCUGAGCUCGCCGGAGCCGCAGGCGCAGCGCGCGGCCGAGGAGCCGGACGAGAGUGUUGGCGGCGGAGGCGGCGCCUUCGCAGGCAUGCUGGACAAUCUGCGCGGCAAGUCCGGGCAGGGCUACUACGUGACGAUGACGGUGGGGAGCCCCCCGCAGAAGCUGAAUAUCCUUGUGGACACAGGGAGCAGUAACUUUGCUGUGGGUGCAGCCCCUCACGCUUUCCUGAGGCGGUACUAUCGGCGCCAACUCUCCAGCUCCUACCGGGACCUGCGGAAGGGGGUCUAUGUGCCGUACACGCAAGGGAAGUGGGAAGGGGAGCUGGGCACCGACCUUGUGGCCAUUCCUCAUGGCCCAAACGUCACUGUCCGUGCCAACAUUGCUGCCAUCACAGAGUCAGACAAGUUUUUCAUCAACGGAUCCAACUGGGAAGGGAUCCUUGGCCUGGCGUACGCUGAGAUUGCCCGGCCUGAUGACACCCUGGAGCCUUUCUUUGACUCCCUGGUGAGGCAGACCCAGGUGCCCAACAUCUUCUCCCUGCAGCUGUGUGGAGCAGACUUUCCGUCAAACAACUCGGAGGCUCUGGCGUCUGUGGGGGGCAGCAUGAUCAUUGGGGGCAUCGACCAGUCCCUCUACGUGGGCAGCAUCUGGUACACCCCCAUCCGGAAGGAGUGGUAUUACGAGGUCAUCAUUGUCAAGAUAGAGGUCAACGGUCAGGACCUCCAGCUGGACUGCAAGGAGUACAACUACGACAAGAGCAUUGUGGACAGUGGCACCACCAACCUCCGGCUCCCCAAGAAGGUCUUUGAGGCAGCUGUGAAGUCCAUCAAGACGGCCUCCUCGACGGAGAAGUUCCCUGAUGGCUUCUGGCUAGGGGAGCAACUGGUUUGCUGGCAAGUGGGCACCACUCCCUGGCACAUCUUUCCAGUCAUCUCUCUCUAUCUGAUGGGUGAGACCACCAACCAGUCCUUCCGGAUCAGCAUCCUGCCACAGCUGACCAAAGGCCUCUGCCUCCACCUCCUUCAGCAAUACCUGCGGCCUGUUGAGGAUGUGGCCACCUCUCAGGACGAGUGCUACAAGUUUGCCAUCUCCCAAUCUUCCACCGGCACCGUCAUGGGUGCAGUCGUCAUGGAGGGCUUCUAUGUGGUCUUCGACCGGGCGCACAAGCGCAUUGGCUUUGCUGUCAGCGCCUGUCACGCUUCAGUGCAUGAUGAGUUUCGGACAGCAGCCGUGGAUGGGCCCUUUCUGCAUUCCAACAUGGAGGACUGCGGCUACAACAUUCCCCAGACGGACGAGUCGACGCUGAUGACCAUCGCCUACGUCAUGGCUGCCAUCUGUGCUCUCUUCAUGCUUCCCCUCUGCCUCAUGGUGUCCCAGUGGCGCUGCCUGCGCUGCCUGCGCCGUGGCCACGAUGACUUUGCGGACGACAUAUCCUUGCUCAAGUGAGCUCUCUUCCUCCUCCCCACGCCCAGGCCCGUGCUGGCAGCAGGGGGCACAGAUGUAGGCAACGCGGGGAGCGAGAGACUCCCCCACCUUCUGCUGUUGGAGCAGCCUCCCCCCCUACCCCGUGGGUCUGCAACUGUCUUGGGGCCGCCUGCAGCUGGGAAGGGGGCUGGUUGGCUGACCGAAACGCAGCAAAAGACGACAUGCAACUCUCCCUCCCGUAGUGCUGGAAGGGCAGUUUACCAAGGCCCUCUUCUGCCCGUCGGGGUGUGUGAGGGGUGCCUGCUCUUGCCGUGCCAGGAAGAGGAGUGGCACGUCUGGCUGGUCGGUGCAGGCAGGCUGGAGCCGUUUCCCAUCUCGGAGCUCCAGGGCCCUUUCCCCCUCUUUGCUCCAGAGCUCACAUGUGAUAGUGGCAGUGGGGCUUCUUGAUGAGGUCUCGCGAAGGGUUUGCUGAGAAAGGCAAAGGGCAAGGCCCCAAGGCGUUGCUUCUAUGUAAAGCUGAUGAGAGUGGGUGUUAUUUCUUAAA